AUGGCUGCAGUCUCCAGGGCAUCGUGUACUGCACUUCGAAGCGCGCUGAGCGCGUCUUCUGCACCCAGAAGACCGCUGCACCAGUCGGCCAGGCGCUAUGCCAUUUCAAACUUCCAAAUGCCGGCCAUGUCCCCCACAAUGUCGGAGGGAGGAAUCGCGUCAUGGAAAGUCAAGGAAGGAGAAGCAUUCUCUGCAGGAGAUGUUUUGUUGGAAAUUGAAACAGACAAAGCUACUAUUGACGUAGAAGCUCAAGAUGAUGGAAUUAUGGGCAAAAUCUUGGUCCCUGACGGUGCCAAAAACGUGCCAGUCGGCAAACUCAUCGCCCUCCUCGCAGAGGAAGGUGAUGACAUCGCCAAUAUCCAAAUCCCCAAGGAAGAGCCAGCCCAAUCCUCUUCUCAAGUUGCUUCGCCACCUCCGUCACCUUCUGCGGAACCUCCAGCACCUCCCCAACCGGAACAGCAAGCCCCCAAUGUCCACUCUGGCAGCCUUCCUUCGCAUUCCCAGCCUCUAUUCCCUUCGGUGCACCGUCUCAUCAUCGAAAAUGGCAUCCAGAGCCUCGACGCCAUCAAAGGAACAGGUGUUCGAGGGAUGAUCACGAAGGGUGAUGUUUUAACCUACCUUGGCAAGGCCUCGGGUCCAAAUGGUACCUUCAAGCCAGCUCCUACCCCGAUUCAGGAAGCCACGAAGAACCUCCAGAAGCAGGCCCCUGCUGCUGAGGAAGCCAAACCACUCGAUGGAGAUGCCAUCCGACGUCUCAUUGUCAACUCGAUGCUUCAACAAUCGCUCAAGACGCGGAACCCUCCUCCUGACUAUGCAGGUGCAGACUUUGACUCUGUCCUUGCAGAUUAUUUGCCAUCUGCUCCGAAGUCGACCCCUGCUACCACUGCUCCUUCCCAGCCUGCUAAAGCAAAGACUGACUCUUUCCUCUCCGGUCUUUUCUAG